CACCACAUGUGAUGAAUAACAUAGAAAAACCAUAUUCAACACAAUAGCAAUCUCUUUUCCUACUUACCGGGACUCAUCACUUCUCUCUCUCUUUUCCAACAAACUAACGAUCACAUGACUCUAAGAUCUUCAAACCUCUUCAUUUUUCAUCAUUUCCAAGGCUGAAACUGAAUCCAUUAUCCAACUCCAAGCGUGUAGAAUUCAAGGUUUGUUGUUAAGGAGAAGAGAGGUUAGGACUUUGGCUAUGGCUUCAUCUAGGUUUCCUGGAGUUGUUGUUGACAAUGAAUUGAAUAAGAUUUUGGAUGCUAAUAUGGAUCAUGUUGCUGCUAGAAGGCAAGCUCGUCAAGCAUUCAAGGAUAUUCAGCUUGGGAUUGAUCACAUACUCUUUAAGACUCAGUGUCAUGGACUUAAAAUGAAGGAGUCAUAUGAGGUGAACUCAAGGGGCCUAGAAAUCUUCUACAAGAGUUGGCUUCCCGGGACGGCUAGGCCGAAAGCAGCUGUGUUUUACUGCCAUGGUUAUGGAGACACUUGCACCUUUUUCUUUGAAGGAAUAGCUAGAAAAUUGGCAUCUGCUGGAUAUGGAGUUUUUGCUAUGGAUUAUCCAGGAUUUGGUCUUUCAGAAGGUCUUCAUUGCUAUAUUCCUAGUUUCAAUGAGUUAGUUGAUGACGUUAUCGAGCUUUACUCCAAAAUCAGAGAAAAUCCAGAAUUCCAUUCUCUUCCAAGCUUUCUCUUUGGACAAUCAAUGGGUGGAGCUGUUGCUUUAAAGAUGCACCUUAAACAACCUAGUGCAUGGGACGGUGCCUUUCUUGUUGCACCUAUGUGUAAAAUUGCAGAUGACAUGGUUCCACCAAAGUUGCUAACUCAUAUCCUUAUUGGCGUAGCUAAUGUUCUACCAAAGCAUAAGUUAGUUCCACAGAAGAAUUUAGCAGAAGCCGCAUUUAGAGAUCUGAAGAAGAGAGAGCAGACAGCAUAUAAUGUUGUUGCCUACAAAGAUAAACCGCGGUUGUGGACUGCUGUCGAGAUGCUUAAAACUACUCAAGAAAUUGAACAGAGAUUGGAAGAAGUGUCUUUGCCAUUGUUAAUUCUUCAUGGGGAAGCUGAUAUUGUGACUGAUCCUUCAGUGAGCAAAGAAUUCUAUGAGAAAGCAAGCAGCUCAGACAAGAAGCUUAAACUUUACAAGGAUGCCUACCAUUCUCUUCUUGAGGGUGAGCCUGAUGAAAUGAUAAUCCAAGUUUUUAGUGAUAUCAUUUCAUGGCUUGAUGAACACAGCUUGAAACAUUCUUCAUCUUCCUCUACAUAAUUUAUUUUCUAUGUAUCCUGUGAAUAUUGAUAUUGUUCCUUAGGAUGGAGAAAAGGAAAAUUGCCAUUGCUUGUAUAGAAGUUUUCUUGAAAAAAUAAUUGGUGAAUGAGAAAUUGUUAUUUAAUAAAGUAGUAGUGAUGUUCAUUUAUCCAA